UGUGGACUGAGACUCAAAUAAAAGCAUCAAAAGCAAUCCUCAAAACUCUGAAGACCCUCUCUUAUCAUACCCUCGCCUCUCUUCCCACAACCCGCAAUUUCACAUCCACUCUGUCCAAAAAUCGCCGGAUCCAGCAAUUCCUCUUUCUCUUACUGGAUUAAUCGGUGAUGGGAAAAAUACAGCUUAGUUUACAUUGGAGGACAAGUUGUGAUCCCUAAUACGUGUUGCAUGUUACUUCCCUUAUAUGUGUUGCAUGUUACUUCUCCCUCUUGACUAAAUUAGACGAGUCAGACUGCAAGUUUUUUGGCGGUGGAAACAGAUUACUGGAAUAAGGGAGAUGUACAGAGCUUUGAGGGCUUUUGUCCAUUUGUUUCAUCUUUAAUAACAUAACCCAGAUUCUGAAAAUGGAAAGUCCUGAUAUUGAAAAGUCUGAAGCAACCAAUAAACAGAUUAAUAGUAACACAAAUUGUAAUUCCAAACAGCAGAGUGCAGAAAAUGGUAACGAACGUCCUGAAUGGUUACCUGAUGGCUGGAACUUGGAAGUCAGAAUCCGUAAGAGUGGUGUACACAUGGGAUCUGGAUACAAGUGUUACAUCGAACCAUUAAAAGGAUAUAAAUUCUUCUCCAAACCAGAGGUAUUACGAUAUCUCGAAACUGUAAAGGACAGCAGUUGCACUUCCAAGAAGGGGAAUAAAAGUAGUAAGAUAAAUACUCCAAAUGGCAAGAACUGCACUUCCAAGGAGAAGAAAUGCAGUAAAAUGCAGACUCCAAACAACCAGAGCUGCAGUUCCAAGAAGGAGAAAAAAUGUGCUGGCAUGGAGUUUCCAAAUGACGACAGUUGCACUCCCAAGGAGGAGAAGAAGGGCACUAACAUGGAUUUUCCAAACAACAACAGUUGUGCUCCCAAGAAGGAGAAGAAUGGGAAUAACUUGGAUUCUCCCAACGAUAGCAGUUGCCUGUCCAAGAAGGAGAAGAUAGGCACUAACACGGACCCUCCAAAGGGCAGCAGUUGCACUCCGAAGAAGGAGAAGAAUUUCACUAACAUGGAUUCUCCAAUUGAUGUUGUGGUUGAGAAGUCUAUCCCGGAGGAUUUACCACAUGGGUGGUUAAAAGAAUUGAAGAUUUCGAAGAAUGGCAAGGGCAUUAGGAAAGAUCCGUUUUAUAUUGAUCCAGUGAGUGGAUAUGUAUUCCGCUCUAAGAAGGAUGUACUGCGGUAUCUUGCAUCUGGUGAUAUACGGUCAUGUGCCUUUAAGCCAAGUAGAAGACAAAUCCAAGAUGAAGACAACAUAACUUCACCACCUGCUGCCAAACGGCAGAAACUGAAGCAGUCUGCACCCACACAACAGCUUUCUGCAGCCACGGAAAUACUUGAUAAAAGCAGCUUAGAACCUAGUGCUAAUAGCCCAAGGAAAAAGCAAAAUGCAAAUGUUUCGGCUAGAACGAAGGUUGUUUCUGUUCCUAAAGGUGAUUCUGUUGCAAAUAUGCAUUCACUAGAAGAUGGAGCUGCAAACUCAUGUGAACUGAAGAAAUCAUCUGACCCAGGUAGGUCAGCACUUUUGAAAAAUGAAUCCUUGAAGGAAUCAGCAAAAGCACUUUUUUCAGAUGAUUUGCAAGAAGAGGACCGUGCUGUGAAUGCAGUGGAGAAUGGUAAUGAGAAAAAUCACGGUAACCAAAGCAUAUCCAAAAUCAGGAAGGAGUUCAAUGUACCUCAGCGGUCAUCACCGAGACUUGCUGGAAGUAAAUCUGUACAGUUGGUAAACAAUGUGGUCAAUGAACAGACACUUCAGGUUCCAAAAAGAAACACGAGGAAAAGUAGAAACACUCUAGAUGUUGAUAUUUCUGUGGACCAAGCAGCUCCUAAAGAACAACCACAUGAGCAAGAAACAGAUAAAGUAGAAGACAAAAAGCCAGAAAUUCAAAUCAGCUCAAACAAAUCAGGUAAAAAGAAAGAGCACAACCUUCCUCGUCGUGCUUCAAAACGAUUAGCUGCCAUUGAGCAUGAGUCAAUGAACUCUAAAGUGGAAUUGCAGCAAAGUGAGUGUGGGCCAGCUACAGUGCUUGCUAAUCAAGCCCCAAUAAAUGGAAAGUCAGCAAAUAAAAGGAAAAAGUCAGCAGCACCUCAUCUGGAGAAAAGGGGAAAAGAAGAGAUGGAUGAUGAGAAAACAGAACCUCAGCUGUCCUUUGCAUAUCACUAUUCGUGGUCCGACCCAAGCUUGGAAUAUGCAAUCAAUGCCCUCACUGGUGUGUUACCACCAGCUGAUAAUAUACCCAGUACUGUUGCCGAAACUGAUACUCAAAAAGCUUUGUUUGACAAUGUUACAGGAAGAAGUGCCACUACAAUCCCUGGAACCGAUGUUCAAAACACUUCAGUUGGUACGGGAAGGAGCAACACUGCAGCCCCUGAAACUGAUAUUCAAAAAGCUUCAAUUGACAAUGGUACGGGAAGGAGCACCACUGAAGUCCCUGAAACCGGUAUUCGAAAAGCUUCAGUUGACAGUUGUACGGGAAGGAGCACCACUGCAGUCCCGGAUACUGAUAUACAAAAAGCUCCAAUUGACAAUGGUACGGGAAGUAGCACCACUGCAGUCCCUGAUACUGAUAUGCAAAAAGCUCCAGUUGAUAAUGGUACGGGAAGUAGCACCACUGCAGUCCCUGAUACUGAUAUUCAAAAUCCUUUGGUUGACAAUGGUAGGGCAAGGAGUACCAGUGAAGUCCCUGAUACUGAUAUUCAAAAAGCUUAUGUUGACAAUGGUAGGGCAAGUAGUACCACUGCAGUCCUUGAUACUGAUAUUCAAAAAGCUUCAGUUAACAAUGGUACGGGAAGGAGCCCCGCGGCAGUCCCUGAAACUGAUAUUCAAAACACUUCAGUAAACAUUGGCAGAAGUGCCAGUACAAUUCUUGAAACUGAUCUUCAAAAAGCUUUGAUUGACAGUGUUAAGGGGAGUAGCGCCACUACAAUCCCUGAAAACAGUGUUCAGAAAACGAUGGUUGAAAUGGAAUCGGGAAGAAGCACCUCUACCGGACCUGAAACUGAUAUUCAAAAGUCUUUUAUUGACAGUGUUACAGGAAGCAGGGAUAGUGAAAACAAUUUACAUGACACUGUUACAGGAAGCAAGUAUAGAAAAUCCCAGGUGCGUUCUAAUAAACCCAAGAGAACGAAAGAGCUCAAAGUACCUGUGCGGUUAUCAAAGCGACUUGCUGGCCUGGAACCUGAGUUACCGCCUGCUGAAAGAGCUCUUGAAUAUUCCACUAGAAAAUCAUGUAAAGAAGAGCCAACAGCCACUGCUACUCUAACUAAUGGAGUGUCUGAUCAUCACAACGCUAGGGAAGAAACCAAGCCUACUCUUCUUCAAGCUUCUGACAGUUUGAAAACAGAAGUACUUGGAGAAUCAUUAAAACGGAGUGAGAACUCAUAUGAUGCCCAAACCGAUCACAAGGAACAAUUGGAGAAAGUUGAAGUUGAAAAUGUUGGUGAUGUGAGAUCAGAGCCUAAGCUCCCCUUACCGUUUGGGGACUCUUGGUCAGAUCCAUGCCUAGAAUUUGCCAUCAAGACUCUCACUGGUGCUUUUCCAGUUGAUGCUGGUGGAGAGAUAAUGCCUGCUUUGCCUCCUGGCUUUGAUAAUCCCCCAUAUAGGCAAGUGCAUCGAACUGUGGUGACAGACAUUAAUCAAGAUGCUCAUGAUAACUCGAACCAACCCUCGCUCAAUAAGGAGCUUAAUAUGGUUAGUCAACCUGAGUUGAGGACCGGCUCCAUCUCUUAUGAAAAUGCUUCUAACUUUACAACUAGGGAAUCUUAUCUUGAUCAAGAUAACAUUCUUAAGAAUUUUGAUGUGGAACCCAGUCUCACUGGAAACAUAACACAACCUGUGCAUCAUUCUUGGAAUAUAAACACACUAGCACAUGAAGAGCCAUUAAAGCAAAAUGGACAGGCUGUUGAGGGUGGAAUUGUUACAACGGAGCAGCAACUAAUUGAAACUGGAGCUGUAAACCAUGACAAUUCCGAGUUACAGUAUUGUGCACCGUUUAUGAAUUCUUGGUCAGACCCAUGCUUAGAAUUUGCAUUUAAGACUCUUACAGGAGCGAUACCAGUAGAGGAAAAUUUAACACUCCAAGGAUGUUUCCCGGAAACUGCUAACUAUCAUGAACGGAGGGAUGGUGUCUCAUUGUUGCCAGAUUUCAGAUCAUCUAGCUUUUCACAAAGCGAUUUCUCGUUUUUCCAUGAUACAGGGGUUAAGUCCAUGACAGGGCAGCAAUCAUCAGUAAGCUCUCCAUUCCUACCCUUGGAGAAAACAGGUCUUCAAGGUUUUGCUGGAGUUGAUCCUCAAACACACUUUUCUCAGUGCAACAAUAAUUUUCAAAGGUAAGCUAGUUAGAUGUUUGUUGCUACCUCCAAGAUAACUACUGUUGGUAUGUAGUUAUACUUUUGUAGACUGCAAAAAUGUUCGUCGUUAAGUAUCCUUUUAUUUUCCCAGUCACAUUUGUAAAUACAUUGUGAACAUAAGGUCUCGGUUAGUGUUUGUUGAGAAGAUCUAGGUGAGCAAAGUAAGGAGGUACACAAGUCCAACUGUUCUUGUCACACUAUCUAACUACUCUACUCUCUGUGUCAAGUUAUUAAUUGGUUUAA